CAUCCGUGCAGAAAGAUGUCGACUAGUUACUCUGCAAACCAGUAUGAAAGCGCCUUUAGGUCGCAAAAGCUCCAGAAUUGGACCAUCCCAAAACAUUUCAAGGAGAGACCAUCAGCAGCAGAAGGCCACACUACAUUUAUAGCCACAGACCGUGGUCAUCUUCUACCUGGUCUGAGAAAAAAGAGUGGAAGUGCAUGGCCAGCAUUCCAAGGCACAUGGGAUUUACCUCGCCAAAUCCCCCCUGCUUCCAUAAACCCCACUGCCCGCUCACAAGAGGGACAGGAUCGCCUCCGGACCUGGGGAAGGAUUAAAUUUGCCACAAAUCAGGCUCAUGAGCCUAUCAACAGAUCCACUCACAAUGUGUUGGAAAACAUAAAUGUGGAACAGCCUGCUGAAGAGUCAGAAAUACCUGUGAGUGACCCAGACCAAAAUGAGAGGCCCAAAUCACAGAAUAGCCAAGAUAAGUCUAGACCAACUAGCCAACAAGCCCAGUCUAACCCAGUAAAUCUUCAUGAAAACCAAGUGCAGUCUAGACCAGGAAGUCACCACAGCCAACAGGCUCCAUCCAGACCAGCCACUCAGGAAAGCCAAGCUGAGUUGAGACCACCAACCCAAAACAGCAGACCCGCAUCUCAGUAGAAAUAACACCAAUUUUAAUCAGAUCCCCUGCAUGGGCAGUUAUAAAAGUUCUUCCAUGAAAUGGCA